AUGAAGCCAGUAAAGCAUCUGUUGGCCUCUAAUGGUAAAUCGGCAAAUGUUCCAGAUUUAACAUAUAAAAAAGGACUACUUAAUUUGCCAUUGUCACCUAAAUCAAAGGAAAAACAUAGUGCAAAAACAGUGCAUGACAGACUUGAACCUAUGGUCUUAAGAUCUCCACCAACAGGAGAAUCCAUCGUAAGGUAUGCUUUGCCCAUUCCAUCAAGUAAGACAAAGGAGUUCAUAGCAGAAGAUGAAUUGGUCAGAAAAAUUACCAAACAUCUGAAGAUGAUUGUUUCUUCUUUGGAAGAAACCUAUGGAUUUAAUAUUCAAAAUGAAGAAAAACCAGUUAUGAAGCCUGAACAUGAAGGAUUAUCCUUAUCUGUUGGGGAUGAGCUGAACGGAUUCUUGGUAUGUUGUUCACAAUCUGCAGCUCAGUUAGAAGAAGCAGCUAAGGAAGAAUAUAAUAUUUUGGAAUCUCUUUUUAAGUGGUUUCAGCGACAGGUCAAUCAGAUGGAAGAGAUAAGUAAAGAUCAAACUUUUUCAGAAACAGAGUUUCCAGCAUCUGAUAAAACAGUCAGUUUAAGCAUUGCACAAAUAGUAAAGCAGGUGCGCAAACUUGAAGAACUGAAAAAUCGUCUUAAAGAAGGGCAUAAAUACACCUUCAAAGACUUAUUGUCUAAACCCAAAGAGUAAAAAGAGAUGAGAUCAGAAAAAGUGCAAACUUAUGAAACUGUACAGCAGAAAAUUGAAGAAUUCAUAACAACACACUCAACUGAAGAAAUUUCAGAUGUUUUUGCAACUGAGCCACAAACUACCACAAUGAGUAAUCUAUUGAAUGCCUUGUUGAAAAUAUUUGAAAACCAGGAAAAUAAGUUAGAGAGAGCUAUGAAUGAGCAAGUUUUGUUAGAGACUAAAUACACACAGAUUCAAAAUGAUCUCCAAGUGUUAUCAGAGGAGAAGUUGAUGCUGGAAAAUGAACUGCAAAAGUUGAAGAAUACAGAGAAAACAAAGGCUACAGGUGAGCAAACCAAGAAAACUGUGAAAACAGAGAAGAAAAAAGACAAAGGAAAAUCUGAACAUUCAGAAGAGAAGAAAUCUGUAAAGAAAGAGCUUAACGUAAAAGAAAGUAUGCUUCAAGUCCAGAAAGUAACACAUGCUCUGGAAGUUGAGAACCAAGUCCUUCGGGAACAACUGAAACAAGCUUUGCAGGAAGCUGAAAGAGCUAAGCAACAAUUUGGCUAUUUUCUAAAUCAAGAAAGGGUAUUACUUAAAAGUGAGGGGAAGAUGAAGACAACAGAAAUUGAUACUGGCAAAACAGAAGCUGAAGAUUCAAAAUAUAUACCACUGGAGAAAGAAAUAGAAAAAGCACUAGUGGCAGAUUCAAGUGGACAAAAAGCAAAUGAUAAAAUAAAACAUCCGCAGGUUUUUGCAUGCUCAGAAAAGGAAAGAGCUAGCCCUGCUAUUUCAGAUCUUUCACAGAUCCUCAAGUCUCAAGAUGAAUCACCUUUUUUAAAGACUUCAAAUGAAGCUUUAACUGAUGAAGAUAUAUCCUAUAUACUUUCAUCAAAGACCAAUGAUAAAUCAAUUGCUGCAAUAUUAUUGAGCAAAGAAAUUCAAGAUUCACAGUCUGUUGGAACAUUACUUCAAGGGAAUGAAACAGUGACAGCACCAUCCAUCUUACCCCCCGUUACUAAAAAAAAGCCUCUGGGUACAGACAUCUCAAAGGCUCGUAUUUUAGAGAAUUUACGAAGCAAGAUUGAAACACAAACUUACCAAGAAAUAAGAGAAUUCCAAGCUCAUGGUAAAGAAUUGGAUGAAGAUCUUAUGCUUGAGGAUAAAGCAAUAUCAAAAGCCAAACAAAUGCUGAAACAAAGAACUUCGAGAGUAAAUAGGCGCAAUGCGUUUCUUAUAACUCAGCCAAAUGAUAAGCUAUCUAUGGAAGACCAGUUGCCUAAAGACAUAGCUUUAAUUUUAAAAAGCCAGUCUAAAAUUAAGAAUCUCGAAGCCACCAGAAGCAGCAGUUUGGAUAACUUUGGAUACUUUGAUCAUAGUGUGUUUCAGUGUGAACUUCGUUAG